AUGCCGUGGUCCUUCUCAUCCUCCUCCUCGGAAGUCUACACCCCGCGCCGAACAGCUUCACCCUUCCAACCACCACCUCUCACACCUUUAGCCCUGACCAUUCCCAAAGGCGAAGACCUCCUGCAGCAACAACUCCUUACCCGCGCUCUCGCUGAAGAAAUCCGCCUCCUUGUCCCCGCCCGCCUACAACUAGUCGAGAACUGGCGUCUCGCCUACAGUCUUGACCGCGACGGAGCCGCCCUAUCCACCCUCUACGACAACUGCGAACAAUUCUCUCACCGCAGCCCGCGGGCGGGCUACGUGCUAGUGAUACGCGACUCCUCGCCCAGCGGCGCAGUCUUCGGUGCCUACAUGACCGACGCACCGCACCCGGAUUCCCAAUUCUUCGGCACGGGCGAGUGUUUCCUUUGGCGCGCGAGCGUGCUCCCACCCCCGAUUAGCUUGGGACUGGCAUUCUCCGGCGACGGGCCCCAAUCAGAAGAAGCGCUGGAACGCGCCGGCCUACCACCCCCUCCCUCUGCGGAUACAACCCACGCUGGACGAUGGACGACCACCGAGUCGCCCGCUCACAAUCUUAAUAUGAAUAUCAAGACGAAUCUCGCCGCUGCGAGUGGUGGUGCCCUGGCGCCGCCUUCGCCUUCGCCUUCGUCAACUGCUACUCCUUCGCGGAGUGGGGCGAGUACCCCCGAGCGCAUUCGGUUCAAGGCUUUCCCGUAUAGUGGUGUUAAUGAUUAUAUGAUGUUUUGCGAAACGGGAUUCCUCAGCUUAGGAGGCGGGGACGGUCAUUAUGGGCUGUGGGUUGACUCUGGCCUUGAAAAGGGCGUCAGCGCCUCUUCCCAGACCUUUGGGAAUGAACCUCUCUCCGACGAAGGUGUCAAGUUUGAUAUUCUCAACGUCGAAGUGUGGUAUGUCGGCUCUUGA